GUGCAUUUCAAACCUUCUUCCACCAAAGUCUCAUUGUGAUAAGUUAUGAAGAAAUCGACAUCUAAGUGGUGUUUUUAUGUUUUUAAAGCCACCGUUCUGCUUUUAAUUUUGGGAGGAUCGAUUUUCGCAAUAGUAUAUGCAACACUCAAUAGCAGCAGCAGCGAAAGUUCUCAAGGGGCUAUUGCAGCAAAUGGAAUAGAAUGUGCUGCAAUUGGAAAGGAAAUAUAUAAAGCAGGAGGAAAUGUAGCGGAUGUUGCCGUUGCUACUGUCUUAUGUGAAGGUAUAACAUGUCCACAAUCAUCUGGGCUUGGAGGAGGUUUUUUGCUAACGAUUUACAUAAAAGAAACAGGAACGGUUGAGACAUUAAAUGCAAGAGAAGUAGCACCUAAGCUUGCUACUCCUGAUAUGUUUGUCAAUGAUUCAAGUGCAUCUGUCAGAGGUGGAAAGGCAGUUGCAGUACCUGGAGAGUUAAAAGGCCUUUGGGAACUUCACCAAAAAUAUGGAAAACUUCCUUGGGCAGAACUUGUGCAACCAAGCAUAAAAUUAGCAAGAGAUGGCCAUGUUGUGUCUCCGUAUCUUCAAAAUAUAUUUUCACGAAAUGAAAACAGUAUUCGAAAUGAACCUACACUGAAAGAGAUUUACAUUAAUCCAUUAACAAAUAGAAGCUAUGCGCUCAACGAAUAUAUUAAAAGGCCAAAACUUGCUGAAACUUUGGAAAUCAUUGCAAGAGAAGGUGCAGAUGCAAUUUAUGGCAGAGGGUCUCUUGCAAUUGGAUUAAUCAACGAUAUCAGAGAGCGAGGUGGAAUUAUAACUGACGAAGAUUUACUUGAUUAUCAAGUUCGUUGGCGAUACCCUGUGUCAACUACGCUCAACGAUAAUAGUACUUUCCACACUUUCCCACUUCCUAGCAAUGGUGCCAUUACUCCAUUCAUACUUAAUCUUUUAAAAGAUUAUGAUCUUAAGCAUGAUUCAUUAUCUUAUCAUCGUAUAGUCGAAGCUUUUAAAUUUGCUUACGCAAAAAGAAGUUUGCUGGGUGACGAACCAACUGACGAGAUUAAGGAGUUGAUGAGGAAUUUAACUGACAUACAGUAUGCAGAAGAGAUAAGAGAAUUAAUUAAUGAUGAAAAAACAUCUGAUGAUUUUGAAUAUUAUGGAGCAAGAUAUGAGAAUCAGGAGGAUCAUGGAACUGCUCAUAUUUCAAUUUUAAUGCCUAAUGGGGAUGCAGUUGCCGUAACUUCUACAAUCAACUAUUUAUUCGGAGCGUUCUUUGUAUCAGAAUCGACUGGAAUUAUUAUGAAUAAUGAAAUGGAUGAUUUCUCUACACCCGGAUUCGUUAAUAUUUACGGUAUUCCUGCAUCACCAGCAAAUUUUAUUCAGCCUGGAAAAAAUCCAUUAUCAUCCAUGAUGCCUUCAAUUCUUCUUGAUGAGAACGGGAACCCCAAGCAAAUUAAUAAUUGGUGGAGCUGUGCAAGACGCUUGCAUCACCAGUUAGCACCAAUGCAUGUUCAAUUCGAUACAGAUUUUGAUCAAGAUAUUGUGAGAGACUUGAAUGAAAAAUAUGGACACCAAAUUGUGGAAAAUCCACCUGAUGGAGGAUUUGCUGCUGUUGUUGGGAUAGCAAAAAAUGAUGGAGUGGUUGAAGGUGUGGUUGACCCGAGAAGAGCCGCAGGAAAUAAAAUUUCUGUUUAUGAAUGCUGUGAAUGUAACAAUGAAGGACAAUCAAUCAGACUUAUAAGAGUAUACAGUGAACCUGAUAAAGAUGAAGUAUUUAAUGGAAUUGCAUGGAGUUUCGACUCUAGCGGUCCAGUUUUAGCUGCUGGUGGAGUCAAAGCAAUUGUCAGAGUCAUUCAGUGCAAUGGAUUACCUUUAUUAUGCUAUAAAAAUUUAAUAGGGCACACUGGGGCCGUUAACGACUUAAAGUUUCAUCCAAAAAAUCUUCAACUUCUGCUCACAUGCAGUAAAGACUACUCAAUACGAUUAUGGAAUAUCAAAAAUUCAACAUGCGUAGCGAUAUGGAGCGGAACAAGAGGCCAUCGUGACGAAGUUUUAUCUAUCGAUAUCUCAGCUGAUGGACAUAAAUUCAUUUCAGGUGGUAUUGAUCACAACAUUAUGGUGUGGAAUUUAAAUUCAGAAGAUGUCCAAGAAAAAAUUGCAAAAAGUAAUGAAGUUGACAUAUUUGGACGAGAUCUACUCGUCGCAGUGAGAUUGCAUUUUCCUGAUUUUUCAACUAGAGAUGUUCAUGGAAAUUAUGUUGACAGCGUUAAAUGGUUUGGAGACACAUUCCUAACAAAGUCAUGUGAAAAUAACAUCAUAUGGUGGAAGGUUUCGUCUAGUAACAAGACCUUGGUCGUGUCAAAACUUUUCACUUUCGAUAUAAUUGAAUGUGAUAUUUGGUUCAUGAGAAUGGAACUCGAUCUGUCGAUGAAGCUUCUUGCCGUUGGCAGUCAGACUGGUAAAGUUUUUGUGUUUGAUUUGGAUACUGAAGUUCCAGUGAAUAAGAGAAGCACUUUAGUUCAUUUGAAAUGUAAUUCAGCAGUUCGACAGACGAGUUUUUCUAGAGAUGGUAGAAUUUUGAUAGCGGCAUGUGAUGACGGAUCAAUUUGGCGAUGGGACAAAAAAGAAAAUUCCAAAUUCUAA